UAAGAUAUCUUACAUAAAACAACUUAUUACAUAAACCCCCCCAACCACACUAAUCAUAGACUUAAGUUAUACAUGUCUUGGGGGGUAAUGUCUCAACAUAUGGGGUGGGGUGCCACAGAUGAGGGGUGGCGAAAGGGGCCAUGGACUGCCGAAGAAGACAGACUCCUCAUUGAGUAUGUCAAAUCCAACGGCGAAGGCCGUUGGAACAAUGUGGCUAGGCUUGCAGGGCUAAAGAGGAAUGGCAAGAGUUGUAGAUUGAGAUGGGUGAACUACUUGAGGCCUGAUCUCAAGAGGGGCCAAAUUACCCCUCAAGAAGAAAGGAUCAUUCUUGAAUUACAUGCUAGAUGGGGCAACAGAUGGUCAACUAUUGCCAGAAGCUUACCGGGAAGAACUGACAACGAAAUAAAAAACUACUGGAGAACUCAUUUCAAGAAAAAGUCCAAAUCCUCCUCGGACAACGCAGAGAAGAUGCGGGCACGUCUUUUGAGGAGGCAGCAGUUUCAACUUCAGCAGCAGCAACAACAACGACAACAACAGCAAUAUGAGCAGGAUCAGAUGGACAUGAAAAGGAUCAUCGCAGCGCUGCUCGAUGAUCACGAGACGAGUACUCCCUCUGACCUGACCGCCUCCGACGAGCAAGGACUCUUGUACUCGGUGAUUAGUAACUGCGCGACGUCGGCGCCGGAGGAGGAGGUGGUGUGGGAUGGACUCUGGAACUUGGAAGGUGUCCAUGGAAAUUACGUGGCAGGCAAAGCAAAUUUAGAUUACUAUUGAAAUUUCCCCUUUUACCUAAUUGAUCAGUAUUAAAUACUGGUUUUUGAUGUUUGUGCUACUACUGAAACAAUUGAGAACCAAAGAAGGUUUUCAAUUGGGAGAUUAUGAUUUCUUCUUGCUUGAAGAAAUUUAUGUUUUGCAGCUAA